AUGGGACCUGGCCGAGGCAUCUGCGGAGCCUUUGCCACCCCUCACUGGACUCACAUCGGCUGCCUGGACCUCACCUGCUCCCUGCACUGUGCGGCCGCUGUGUGCCCGCAUAGGAAGCGCAGCAUCCUCAAGCCCUUUCUGCCUGACAACAUCUGCAGUUCCUGCCCGUGCUGGCGUGGCCCACGCACACUUGGUGUCAGCUUCCAGGCCCUGCCCCUCCCCCAGCCCUGCCCUGACACAGCCACUGUGGGCUCCCAAUGGUCACUGUUCCCAGGGCCAGGGCCUGGAAGUUUCACCUGCCUCACCAACAACAUCCUCAGGAUUGACUGCCACUGGUCUGCCCCCGAGCUGGGCCGGGGCCCCAGCCCCUGGCUCCUCUUCACCAGGAACCACGAGCCGGGCAGCAAGCACAGGUGUGUCUUCAGGGCCAGCACGUGCACCCUGGUGCUGCCGCCCGAGGAGAUUCUUGUGCCUUCUGACAACUUUACCAUCACUCUGCACCGUCACAUCUCUGGGAAGGAGCAGGUCAGCCUGGUGGACCCGCAGUACCUGCCCCGGAGACAUGUGAAGCUGGACCCUCCCUCUGACUUUCAGAGCAACGUCAGCGCUGGCUCCUGUGUCCUGACCUGGAGCGUCAGCCCUGGCUUGGAGCCACUGGCCUCUCUGCUCAGCUACGAGCUGGCCUUCAAGAGGCAGGAAGAGGCUUGGGAGCGGGCCCAGCACAAGGAUUGCAUCCUCGGGGUGACCUCGCUCAUUCUUGAAGCCGUGGAACUGGACCCUGGCUGCGUCUAUGAGGCGAGGCUGCGCGUCCAGAUGGCCACCGAGGAGGGCACCAUGGGUGAGGAGGAGCACUACGAGGGCCCCUGGAGCGAGUGGAGCCAGCCUGUGUUCUUCGCCUCCCCUCAGCGGCAAGGCGCCCUGAUCACACCUGUGGGGCAGCCCAACAGCAUCCUCAUCACCGUGUCCGUCUUUCUCCUGCUGACCAGCCUGACCUAUGUCCUGUUCAAGCUGUCACCCAGGGUGAAGAGGACCUUCUACCAGAACGUGCCCUCUCCAGUGGCGUUCUUCCAGCCCCUCUACAGCGUGCACAACGGGAACUUCCAGACCUGGACAGGUGUUCACAGAGCUGGCAUGCAGCUGAGCCAGGACCUUGCUGGGGCUGCAGCAGGAGCCUCGGAGCCCCGUGUCCGGGAGGCCAUCGCGUUGCUCACCUAUGACCCGGUGGAUCCUUGGCCCUUCGUGGGCCUGGAGGACGAGGGCACUGGCACUGGCCUCCCAGCAGAUGUGUUGCCAGCGGCCCUGGAGUGGGGAGGGCAGCCGCCUGCCUACCUGCCGCAAGAGGAGUGGGUCGCCGUGAGCCCUGGCAGGCCAGCUCCGCCACAGGCAGAGGGCGGCAGUGCCGACUACUGUGCCCUGGGCUGUUACGAGGGGUGCCACCCCUCGCCUUUCCCAGGGAUGGCACAGAGCUCUGGACCCAUCCAGCCCUUGGCCUGUGACCUUCCCUGCGACCCGCAGAGCCUGGAUGUCAGGCAAGGAGGCAGCCACGUGGGAGUUGGCCAUGAUCAGAGGCCGCAGCCUGGUGAAGAGGCUGCAUAGGGCCCUCCGGGGUGUUUCCCACCCUCCUAUCCUUGGCAGACAGUGGGCUCGGUCCUGAAAGUUCUGGAGCUUUGACUCGGCCAGCUGCAUCAAGUCCAUUUUGGGGAAAAUGGACUGAAGUCUCUGGAGCUGACCCUCCUGCAGAGAGCUGUUUAUGCAGUGGCCAGACAUGCUGUCUGGAUGGAGGCAGGGGCCUCUGCGCUCAGCAUCCUGCCCACCGGCCGCCCCCACCCCCGCCACUUCCCUCCCUGCUUUGACCCCGGGCUCCUCUGAGAAGGGGGCUGCUCUCCACAGCCUGCUCUGCCCUCACCCCCUACAGGGCCUGCCUGGGCCCAGUGGACACAGGCGAGAUGCUGUGACCAGGCUGAGUGUCCCCGUUCUGUGCCUUCCCGAGGCUUCUCCCGCACUGAGAUGGAAGGCAUUCAGUAGCUGUUCUGAACUGCUGGUGGAUGGGAGGGGCCCAGAGGAGGGUGGGGAUGUGGGCUGUGGCCAUGCCCAGGCUGUCCGAGUUCUGGGAAUAGCGAAGUGGAGGCUCAGUGACCUGCCCUGUCUGAGGCUGACUCCUGCUCUUCCUUGUCCUCAUCCCACCGUGGGCCCCGUGAGGCUGGGAGCUGUGGCCUAAGCCAGGGCUGGAAGUGACCGCCUGGUAGUGGCCUUGGCCCAUGCGGGGUCGUGCCUCUGACCCCCACACCAGUGGAGCAGUGGUGGGCAGAGCAGAGGAUGCCUGCAUGGGUCCCCUCGGCCUGCCACAGGGAAGCGCCACAAACUAGGUGGCUUAGAACAACAGAAAUUUAUUGUCUCAAGGUCCUGGAAGCUCAAGUCUGAAGUCUAGGUGCGUGCAGGCUGGGAAGACGCCGGGGAAAGCCUGUUUUAGGGCUCUCUCCAGCUUCUGGGAGCUUCUUGGCUGGGGACAGCAUCACACCAGUCUUCACAAAGUGUUUUCCUUGUGGGGAUGUGUCCAAAGUCCCCCUUUUAUAGCGACACAAUCAUAGCGGAUUGGGGCUGCUCCAAAGGACUUCAUCUUGAUGUGGCCAUCUAACAGGACCCUGCUUCCGUACAAGGCCAUGCUCACAGGCCCUGGAGGUGAGGACUCGAACACGUGCAUUUUCUGGGAACACAACUCAACCUGUGACAGCGUCUCUGCCUCCGUCAGUGAUCUCCACCCACGCUGGCUCAGACCCUGGGGACCCCCCCAGGGCAUCCCUGUCACCCUUACAGCGUGCCUUGGGAAGAAGACCCUGUUCCCACCGGCUGCUGGACUUGGGGUGGGUGCUGGGACCAUCUGCUGGGUGAGGGCUGGGAUGAAACUCUAGUGGAGCUGGAGGUGCUAGAGCUUUGAAAGUAGGAUAUAGUGGAGGCCUGUCUCUCUCUGGAUGCUGAGUGUCUGUCUAUCCAGUGUCCCCUGUGUCUUGGGCAGAAAAAAAACUCCCAGCUUUAGUCCCCCAGAGGAAAGGACCACUUCUGGUUUAGAUGGGCACCCCCACCCCUCUGUGUGCCUGCAGAGCUCCCGAGGUUUUGUGGGGAGCCUCAGCGGAGCCAGAUUCUGGUCAGCAGGGUGAAACAGGACCCAAAAUGUAUCUUUAGUAUCCAGAGAGUGGGAGGGGUAUGGACGGAAGUGAGGUGCAGGCACCCUUAGCUCUAACCAAGUAUAAAAAUACUAUGGUAAAUGCACUUCCUGGAGCCGACCCCUGGGGAGCCCCAGGCUCGUGUAUUUAUAGCAGCAUCUGCAUGGCUCGUGCAGCUUCACGUGGGACCUGAGCCACCUACGUGACUAGAUAAUGACCCCCACAGCUGGGACGCCUGUUCUGUGUGGCUGGGGAUGGUGUCCAUGUGAUUUGCACAGUUUCUCCGGAGAGCCGGGCUGGGACUCGAGUGCAAAGCCAGGCAGAGGCUGUGGGGCUGGUUGCAGCGAGUCGCGCCUGCCCCUUCAGUCCACGGGGCUGACGACGCUUCGCAGAGUUGAUGUGAGUUCACCUGAGCAAGAUGCCCGCACAUGGUGGGGCUCAGCAAACACUAAUUCCCCUCACUGCGAUGAGACAGCCCUCGGAAGCCGUGGCCGAGGUCCACUGUGCGGCUGGGGACAGCUCGGAAGACCUGUGAGCCUGAUGAGGGCGGUGACUGUGGGACAUCCGUGAAGGAGUCACCGAGAAGGCGGCCUGGGAAGGGGGCUGGGACACCGAGUGUGAGUCGAGGAGUUGAGAGGACACUGUGGCUGUAGCACAAGUGUCCAAAAUGUGGCUGGUCAGGCCCGGGGCCACAGCUGGACCGGGGAGUGGCGGGCCCGGAGUGCCAGGCUGGGGGUGCAGUGAGGGGAGCAGAAUGCCUUGGGAUGGUUUCUUUAUUUUUUGUUUUUCAGUGAGGUAAAAUUCACAUUACAUAAAAUCAACUGUUUUUUAAAAAUCCUCACACAGGGA